AUGUCUGCUAUAAUUGCUGUGUAUGCGUACAGUGUGUGUACAGCCUCUCAACAGUUAGACCUAUGUAGCCCAGAUAUGGGAUCCUCCUCGAGGAAAAAAGGCUCAAAUUCUGAGAAAGAUGAAGGAAAACAGCUAUAUGUACUAGGCAUACGUGAGUGUAGAUGGACAGAUUGUUGGACGAAUAUUGAAAGUACAGGUGAAGUUAUCGUGUACUCUGGAAGAAGAGACAAUCAACAUGAUGAGAGGGUAGCAAUCAUCCUAAGUAAAACUGCAGCAAAAUCAUUAGUAGAAUACCAUCAUGUAAAUGAAAGAAUCAUCAGAGUAGGACUGAAAACAAAACCUGUACAGACAUCUAUAAUACAGGUUUAUGCCCCUACAAAUGAAGCAGAAAAUGAUAUUAAAGAGGAAUUCUAUGAGGCUCUACAGGCCGAAUUUCAAAAAGCUCCAAAGCAAGAACUGACGAUCAUCAUGGGAGAUCUCAAUGCGAAAGCUGGAAGCGAUAAUGUUGGUUAUGAAAGAGUCAUGGGGAGGAAUGGCUGUGGAAGUAUGAAUGAGAACGGUGAAUACUUCACGGAAUUCUGUGGAAACAACACUUGGUCAUUGGUGGAAUACUGUUCCAGCAUAAGGAGAUACACAAACUCACAAAAGUGUCACCUGGAUGGAGAGAUAAAAACCAAAUCGACCACAUCGCUAUCAAUGAAAAAUGGAAACGAUCUUUGCAGGAUAAUAAAAGAGAGACUAAGAGAACAAUAUUCCAACUGCAAUAAAGAUGUGACGAAAGCAACAAAGAAAGAUCGUAACAGUUUUAUAGCAGGCAUAGCAAGAGAACCUAAGAAAAAUGCUUCUGAACAAAGAAUGGGAGAUCUCUAUCAAAUAACAAAAAAGAAGUUGAGUGAAAGGAAAAGAAAAACAAAUAUGCCUGUGAAAGACAAGCAAGGCAACCUCAUUACAUCCGAAAGAGAACAAGAAGACAGAUGGAGAGAACAUUUUGAAGAAGUGUUGAAUCGCCAGGAGCCUAACGAGCUGGCACACAUACCGGAAGCUGACACUGAUUCAGAAAUUGAAACAGAGGAACCAUCUAAAGCUGAAAUAUUCAAAGCAAUAACAGCCCUUAAGAACAACAAAGCACCUGGAAAUGACCAACUGCCAGCAGAGUUAUUUAAAGCAGAUCCAAACCAUGCAGCAGGCAUUUUACACUCAUUAUUCACCAAGAUCUGGAAUAAUAACACAAUACCUACGACAUGGUCCAAAGGAAAUAUCAUUAAAGUGACAAAGAAAGGAGAUCUUAUUUACUGCAAUAACUGGAGGGCAACACCUUAUUAUCAAUACCUAGUAAGAUUUUCAGCAGAAUAA